UAAUGUUGGUUUAGUUGCUAGCUACUCACCUAGCCUUAACAAUAGCUUUUUGAAUAUUUUUCUACUGUAUCUAUAGCUUUCAUGUAAAGUAGAAACGCGCUACGAAAACUUAUCUCACAAAAGAGUCACAUGGCUUUUUGCGGCUCUGUGUAAAGUGAAUGUAGCUUUGAAAUGACAACGUUAGCGUUAGCAUCGAGCUAGGAGCGCAACUGAGCGAGCGCCUGUGAAUGAAUACAGAGUAUUUACGUUUGACAGGUUGUGAGAAGUGUUAAUCGACCACAUAUCAGUCAUGGGUACUGGUGCAGAUGUCAGGGAUAUUCUGGAAUUGGCUGGAGGAGAUAAUGACGGUCCCAUCAGCAAGAAAGAUCUCAUCAACUCAGACAAGAAAAGAUCCAAGAAGACAACCGAAACGCUGACCUUCAAGAGACCCGAGGGAAUGCACCGAGAGGUCUAUGCUCUGCUCUAUUCAGAUAAAAAAGAUGCACCCCCUUUGCUGCCUAGUGAUACUACUCAGGGCUACAGGACAGUCAAAGCCAAGCUGGGCUGUAAAAAAGUGCGUCCCUGGAAGUGGAUGCCCUUCACCAAUCCAGCUCGCAGGGAUGGGGCUAUUUUCCAUCACUGGAGACGUGUGGCAGAGGAGGGCAAGGAUUACCCAUUUGCCCGCUUCAACAAGACAGUGCAGGUACCAGUGUACUCUGAGCAGGAAUAUCAGAUGCAUCUCCAUGACGAUGGCUGGACUAAAGCAGAGACAGACCACCUGUUUGACCUGUGCAAGCGCUUUGACCUGCGCUUCGUAGUUGUCCAUGACCGUUACGACCACCAGCAAUACAGAAAACGUUCUGUGGAGGACCUGAAAGAACGCUAUUAUAGUAUUUGUGGUAAGCUGACCAAGGUCCGUGCAGCUUCAGGGACAGAGCCCAAGAUCUACAUCUUUGAUGCCGGCCAUGAAAGGCGCCGUAAAGAGCAACUAGACAAGCUCUUCAAUCGCACACCUGAACAGGUGGCAGAAGAGGAAUAUCUUAUUCAGGAGCUAAGGAAGAUUGAGACUAGGAAGAAAGAGCGUGAGAAGAAGGCCCAGGAUCUGCAGAAACUCAUUAAAGCAGCGGACACGACCACAGAGUUAAGACGAGCAGAAAAGAGAGUUUCCAAGAAGAAGCUCCCACAAAAAAGAGAAACGGAGAAACCGGCCGUUCCAGAAACCGCGGGCAUCAAGUUCCCAGACUUCAAAUCAGCAGGAGUCACACUGCGCAGUCAGAGGAUGAAACUGCCCAGCUCGGUAGGCCAGAAGAAGAUCAAGGCCAUUGAGCAGAUUCUGCUCGAGCAAGGAGUGGAUCUUAACCCCAUGCCCACAGAGGAGAUUGUUCAGAUGUUCAAUGAGCUGCGUAGCGACCUGGUUCUGCUGUAUGAGCUGAAGCAGGCCCACAGCAACUGUGAAUACGAACAGCAGAUGCUGCGUCAUCGCUACGAGGCCCUACUGAAGGCCGGCAGCGGAGGCAUGUUGUGUGGAACUUUAGGGUCCGGACCAGCCGCUGCAAUACUGGGUGGAGAUCUUAAUGCCACAAACAGCGCCACGGCAUCCACCCCAGGGGCCGAAGCUCCAUCCUGGCCCUGUGCAGAUGACAUCAAGGUGGAAGCCAAGGAGCAAAUCAUCGAUGUUGUAGGAGCACCACUUACCCCCAACUCGCGCAAACGGAGAGAGUCGGCAUCCAGCUCGUCUUCAGUGAAAAAGGUGAAGAAGCCUUGAUGAGGACGAGAGCACCAGCUGUUACACGGUGCAGGACAUGGGACCGUGUAAGUUACUGUGGUCACAGUGAAGACACACGUUUUAUGGUUGGACAAGUGGGACACGGGGGAGCAGGACACCACUUUGCUGUUCAUUUACGUAGAAGCACCACUGACUACACACACACACACACACACACACACACACACACACACACACACACACA